AUGAAAAACUGCAUGGACAAAAUCGAUGGAGCAUUUUGUUGUCUUCAAGCGGUGGCCAAUGCCGAUAUGGAAGUAGAUGCAAAAGCGGAAUAUCAAGCUGCUACCGUGAGUCACUGGCAGAUCAGCGGCUUCCUUGGUAGUAUGUUCGGCUUCAACGUAAAUAAGCUCAAGCCCAACCUCAAGAUGGCUGUGCAUCGCAUCGGAAUCGUCAAGAACAAGAAGGCGAACGCAGCGCUGGCACAGCGGCGGGAGGUCGGACGGCUGUUGGCGGACGGCAAGGAGGAGAAGGCGCGCAUUCGGGUGGAGGGAAUCAUCCGCGACGACUUUACGAUGGAGGGCUACGAGAUCCUGGAGCUGCUCUGUGAGCUUCUGGCCGAGAGAGCGAACCUGAUCAAAACCGAGGCAGACUGUCCGUACGACAUGCGGGAGGCCGUGUGCACGCUCAUUUGGGCAGCGAGUCGAACGGAAAUUCCAGAGCUUGCGGAGGUCAAGAAGCAGCUCACCAAAAAAUACGGACAGGACUUCGAGGCUGCAGCUAUCCGGAACGUCGACGGCUGUGUGAACGAGCGCGUGAUCCAGAAACUGAGUGUGCAGCCACCAAGCGCAUUUCUCGUGGUUAACUACAUGAAGGAGAUUGCCAAGGAGUUCAAAGUGGACUGGGAGCCUGACGAGGCAGAGGUGACAGACCCGCUGGCACCGAUUCCAGCACCCACCGGCGCCACAGUCACGAGUGGGGCUGUCUCUGGACCUGAAUUUGCUACACUCUACGCAUCGGCUCCUCCAUCCGGUAACACACCGCCUUACCUGCCCAACGUUCCUACCAGUGAAGCUGCUGCCCCUCCACCCCUUGAGGCCUCCCUGUCGCGACGGAGUGUGAACACCUACACGAAUCAGCCAACGCACUACUACUCCGACACGUCGUUCCAGCCAUCAUCCACACAACAGUAUGAUGAUGCUCCCACGCAUCCAGCACAAUCGUAUUCAGCACCCGCGCCAUAUAUGGAAAAUCCUCCUCCUCCACCUAACGCUGCAUCUGCCCCAGCUCCGACGGCGAGUAACGGGGGCAUCCCAGAUUUUGACGAGCUCACUGCACGCUUUGAGAGGCUUCGCAAGCGCCAAGACCGCCACGACCAGGAGAACGCCUCGUUCACGUUCUAG